GGCUGUAUGAUGCAGUGCAGUUAUUUGAAAUACUGUGUUUGGAUUGGCUGGAAUCGGACACAAAUGCAUAAUCCUAAGCGCAAUGAUCUAAAGGAUUAGUUCAUAAAUAAUCAUAGCAUAAAAGAUUAACACUGCCAUAACGGAUUGAUUCAUACUAACAAAAUACAGAAUAAUCAUGUGCUUUUUGCAUUAUGAUUCUAAAAAGAGUUCCAUGUAGGCAAGAUGCAUAUGCAGAACCCUGAUACAAACGCUAUAACUUUUUGUAAGGGCAAUUUGUACGCCAUAUCACGUGAUAUUUCAAGAUGGCGACUGCAGUACAACUUGUGAACCAAUUUCUGGCUUCUGGACAAUUUAAGCCUUUAUUAGCAGUUAUUAAAGGUCUUCGAAAUGGAGCAGUGUACGGUGCAAAGAUCCGAGCUCCCCAUGCAGUUGUUAUGACGUUUCUCUUCAAAACUGGAAGUUUAUCUGACAAACUGAGGUCUAUAUUUGAAGCAACUUGGACUCAUUCCCGCAAUCUUGCAUCUUUUGUGUUCCUCUACAAGACAAUGACGUCAAUUCUAACAUGGUUGGAGGAAAAACCUGAACAAUACCAUUCCUUCUUUGCUGCGUUCAUAGGGGGAUACUAUGUCUUUGGCAACUACAAUAAAGUGAAUGAACAGAUCAAUCUGUAUCUGCUAUCAAGGAUCAUAUAUGGCUUGGCAAAACUUGCAGUGAAACGAGGCUACGUGGCUGCACCAAAGAGAGACGUAUUCCCAGUAUUUGCUGCCCUAGUAUGGGGAGUAGUACUCUGGAUGUUUGAAUAUGAGAAAGACACCCUUCAACCUAGUCUACGAUCAUCCAUGACAUAUCUAUAUCAUGACAGUAAUAUAUGGCACAAUUUAAGAGACUUUUUAAUCUACAAUAGAUAGAAUUUUAUUGAAAUGUACCAUAGUCGUGUUUCAAGCCUUGUAACACCCUGUUCAACCUCGAUCCUUGAAGCUUACGCGGAUAAGUGAGGUUGUCAGGUUGUCCCGGGGCUUGAUGCAAGACUAAAAGUGCAAUGUCAUAUUAUGUAUAGAGAGAAACCAAUAAUUUUAACCCGAUACAACAGUCUAUGUACAUGAUUGUAUGCCUGUACAGGGACUUUUAAUUUCUCAUGUCCGUAUAAUGUACAAAGAAAUGACUGAUAAAAUGAAUGAGAAAUGAAUGUAAAAUCCGGUGGUAAGAAAUGUGUGUAAUAUGUCUAACGACUACUGUACAUACUGGAAAUGUGUGUAAUGUGUCUAGCGACUACAUACUGGGAUUAAAUGGAGCGACCAACUGACUGGUGAUGAUCACUUUUACAUGCAGUAUUUUAUUUUUUAUACUUAAGUGUUUAUAAUAUUG